AUGAGGUCAGGUGAAGAUCUGGACAAGGGACUAAACAUUGAUCUGGACAACAAAUCAGAUACAGAUCUAAAUAAAACCUUUUAUGCAGACCUGGACAAGAAACUAGAUCCAGACAUAGAUAAAGGACCUGUCUCAGACCAAGAUAAGGAACCUGAGUCAGCCCUGGAUAUGAAAGCAAACCACACCUUCAGUAAGGAGUCAGAAACUGAUCUAUAUGUGAAAGCAGAUGCACAUUUUAGUAAGGGGCCAGAGUUAGAUUUAAACAUGAGGCCAAAAAAAGACAAAGACAAAAGGGCAACCAGUGACCAGUAUAAGAUGUCAACUAAAAACCUGCCAGCCAAAGAGAACCCCACCUCCAUGAAGACUCACAUUCUAAUCUUUGCCACAACAAGGAGUGGCUCCUCCUUUUUGGGACAGCUGUUCAACCACCAUCCAGAUGUGUUUUACCUGUUCGAGCCACUUUUCCACAUUGAAAGAUCUGGUACCAGUAAUCACAGAUUGUACUCGAAUGUCCUGAGGAGACUGUUUGAUUGCAAUCUGCGUUCUCUAGAGAGGUACAUUAAGCCUCGGCCAAAGAACCACAUCACAAACCAAUUGUUUCGUCGUGAGUCAAGCAAGGCUAUGUGUUCCCCACCCGUGUGCACUUUCCACGGCCACAGCAAGCUUAACAUGAAUGAAAAAUAUUGCCAAAAGAUAUGCCCUAGCCUCAAUCUCACCCUGGCCUCUGAGGUCUGCAGGCAGCGCCAGUACGUGGUGAUCAAGGCUGUGCGCAUAUCUGAGAUUAACACCAUUAGGGCGCUGGUUGAAGAUCCCAAAUUAAACAUGAAGAUCAUCCAGCUAGUGCGAGACCCACGGGGGAUCUUAUCAUCAAGAAUCAGUACCUUCGGCUUCAAUGGAAACCUUUGGAGGACUUGGAAGAAGACAGGUCAGAAACCAAAAAAUCUGGAAAUGACCACAAUCGUAAAAAUGUGCGAUGACUUCUUCACCUCAGUUGCCACAGCACAACAGCAGCCCUCCUGGCUCAAGGGAAAGUACAUGCUGGUAAGAUAUGAGGACCUGGCACUGAAUCCCAUCCAGUGGGCCAAGAAGAUUUUGACAAACACAAAAAUAUCACUGGACAGCCGAGUGUUUUCAUGGUUGCAAAGCACGAUUAAUGGAGGGAGAGAAAAUGUAGUGAACAGAAAGUAUGGCACAGUGAGGAACUCAACAGCUGAGGCCGAGGACUGGAGACUGAAGCUACCAUAUGUGGUAGCUAAGUACACACAGACUUUGUGUGAGAGAACGCUCAAACAACUGAGCUACAAGAAGGUCAAUUCUGAAGGGGAGCUCAAAAAUAUGUCACUCACACUUAUUGAGAACAGAAAAACAUUUGAAGAGAUUUCAUUACCCUAA